AUGCAGCCAGCAAAAAGUCUUAUAUGGCAAAAUUUAAAACCAUAUCGUGGUAAAGUGAAACGUAAUAAGAAGGGUGAUCAAUUUUAUCAGUGGGAUUAUACGCACGGCGAUAUUGAAGUUUACAAUAAACGAGGCGAACAUUUGGGUUGUAUAGACGGUAAAACUGGUGAUUGGACCAAGCCGGCUGUGAAAGGUCGUACAAUUGAUGUUAGUUAA